UUAGAAUAGAUCAUCAUAGCACAACCAAGAAGAGUUGUGAAUAUCCUUGAGAGAUAUGUGAGGUGUUGUUUUUGAGAGUUUUUAGUUAGAGCUUGUAUGUCUCUUCUUUCUAUUCUUGAAAGUAAUAGAAGUGUUUUUUCUCUCAUAUUAGCACGAUACUAGUAUUCCCAACAAGUGGUAUCAGAGCCUGGUUGAGCUUUUGAUAUUUUUCCCAGAUUUUUUCCAGACAAAAUUCUACUGUCUGAAAAAAUCGAGUUUUUCAGUAUUGCUCGGAAUUGCAAUCUGAAUAUACCGUUGGAUUCGUCUCGUCGAGACGAGAAAACUGUUAUUUUUGGGGAAUUUUUGGCCACCGGAAGCUGCCGUACGCGCCGCCAAACGCCGGCAAAAAACUGCCUGCGUCAUCACGCGCAGUACGUGCAGUCCAGAGGUAGAAGACGGCUGACGUCAUUGCUGACGUCAUCAGCCAUCCAGAGCUGCGUCAGCGCCACGCGUGCAGUCCCAGCACAGUCAGCCGCCACGUCAUCAGUCCACUGCCAUCUGUCACUAAAGUCUAGUCAGCUGCCACGUCAUCGCCAUGUCACUGCCACAUCACCUGCCACGCCACCGGUCAGUUUCUAAAUUUUGAAAAAUUGCAGUUUGGUCCCUCAAAUUUUGAAAAAUUAUAAUUUCGGCCUAUAAUUUUUCGAAAAUUGUAUUUUGACCCCGAAAGUGCCUAUCCACCAUUUUCGGCCGUUCCGGACGCAACGGUGCUGCCCGUUUUUCGAAAUUCUGCUCCGAUUUUUCUCAAACAGAAAAUCGAAAUUAUUUAGAAGGUGAAAAUGACCUUUGACGAGUCAACUUCAUCUUCCGGAGCUAUGAUUAUGCUCACGGCUACCAACUACACGCUAUGGAAAUCUCAGAUGGAAGAUUUCCUUAGCUGUAAAGACCUUGUUUAUCCAAUAGAGAUGAAGGGUAUUAAUACUGACCCGGCCAAGUCAACGGAGUGGAAGAAAAUUAAUAGAAAAACUAUUGGUCAAAUCCGACAAUGGAUUGACCAUAGUGCCUUCCACCAUGUUGCACAAGAGACCGACGCUUAUGCCCUUUGGAAGAAGUUAGAAGAUAUGUUCCAGGCCAAGACCGCUAGGAACAAGGCCCUACUGAUGAGGCGUCUUGUCAAUAUGAAGCUCAAAAGUGGAACUUCUGUUGCCGAACAUACUAGUCAAUUUCAGAGUCUGGUAAAUCAACUAUCAUGUGUAGAAAUGCCACUUGGAGAUGAAAUCAAAUGUCUACUAAUUCUUAGUUCCCUUCCUGAUAGUUGGGAGACACUAGUUGUUACUCUCAGCAACUCAGCCCCAGAUGGCAAACUUACCAUGUCUGUGGUUAAGGAUGCAUUGUUCAAUGAGGAGGCAAGAAGGAAAGACAUGAGCACAGAUGAGACUCAUGCCCUUGUGACGGAGAAUAGAGGAAGAUCACAAGGAAAACAACAAAGAAGAUCACGGAGAAUAGAGGAAGAUCACGGAGAAUAGAGGAAGAUCACAGAUGAGACUCAUGCCCUUGUGACGGUAUAGAGGGUCACAUGAAGAAGAAUUGCUACAAAUUGCUAGAGGAGCGAGGCAAGAGCAAUUCUCAAGCGAAGAACAAGGGUGGUGAAGCGCUCAUCACAAUCUCAGGUGAUGUGGCGUAUUGUACUAUCAAUGAUGAAACAUGCCUUCACGUCUCAAGAGAGGACACUGAAUGGGUGGUAGAUACUGCAGCAUCCUACCAUGUUACUCCCCACAGGUACUACUUCACAACUUACAAAGUUGGAGACUUUGGAGCAGUGAAGAUGGGCAAUUCCAGUUCCUCUGGAAUAGCUGGAAUUGGUGAUGUACAAAUAAAGACGAGUACUGGGAGCACAAUCACUUUGAAGGAUGUCAGACAUGUUCCAGACCUUCGACUCAAUCUCCUGUCAGUGGUAUGUCUUGACGAGCAGGGGUAUGAAAACCACUUUAACAGGGGCACCUGGAAAAUGUCAAAGGGCGUUUUGACAAUCGCUCGAGGACAUAUUUGUGGCACAUUGUACAUUACCCAUUUGAAGAUUUGUACGGAUAGCCUCAACAUUGCUGAGGAUACUUCUCAGAAUCUGUGGCACCUGAGACUCGGCCACAUCGAUGAGAAAGGGUUGACUACCUUGAUCAAGAAGAACCUUAUCAGCAUCGACAAGAACGCUGCAUUGGGUCCUUGCAGUCAUUGUCUGUUUGGUAAGCAACAUAGAGUAUCAUUUAGUUAUACUUCAGCUAAAAGAUCAGAGUUGUUAAGCUUGGUACACUCCGACGUCUGUGGUCCUUUCGAGGUGGAAUCAAUCGGUGGAAGCAGAUAUUUUCUGACUUUUAUCGAUGAUGCUUCUCGGAAAGUGUGGGUGUAUUUCCUGAUUACGAAGGAUCAGGUGUUCAAGAGCUUCAAGACAUUUCACGUCUUGGUGGAACGUGAAACAGGAAAGAAGCUGAAAUGUAUCCGAUCUGAUAAUGGAGGCGAGUACACAUCCAAGGCGUUCGAUGCAUAUUGCAGAGAAUAUGGCAUUCGACAUGAGUACACAUCCAAGGCGUUCGAUGCAUUUUCAAAGUGAUGGACGGGGUGAGUUUGAUAAUCAUAGUAUGCGUGAAAAUUUUCUUAGCAAUGGUAUGUUGUUUAGGAAAUCUUGCCCUGACACUCCUGAACAAAAUGACAUUGCUGAACGUAAACAUAAACAUUUACUUGAACUAAACCGCACUGUGCUUCUUGAAGCAAAACUGCCAGCUAGUUUUUGGGUAGAUGCUGUGUUUACUGCUACCUAUAUUAUUAAUCGUCUUCCCACUCCCAAUUUAAAUGGUGUUUCUCCGUUUGAAAAAUUAUUUCACCACUCACCCGACUUCUCUUUUAUGCGUGUAUUUGAUUGUGCCUGUUUUCCAAAUUUCAUUGCC